CGACGCUCCCACCCACUUUAUAUUCACAAACACCACACUCCUGUCUCUCUCUCACUCUCUCUCGAUCUAUCUCUUUCUCUCUUGCGCUCUCUAUCUAUUGGAGCAGAUUGGCAUGUCCGUCGCAGGGAAACCCUAGCUCUGCUCGCCGGACAGCCGUCGAAUGGCUUCGGGGCUCCAAAUGCAGAGACUCAGUUAUUGCUGCUACAGAGCUAAGAAGAUAGGUCAUUAUUUAUUUGCAGCUUAAAGCUCUUGCUAGAGGAAAAUGCAGGUUCUUCACUUUUUGUUUUUUUUGCGCAUCAGAGGGACGAUGGAAGUGCUGGUGUGGUGAAAAGUGUUUCAGCUUAACUCUAUGCACAGUGCAAGUAUGAAUAAAGAAAAUAUAACUGCUAAUAGAUUUGCUGAUCCCCCUGUUCGAAUUACACGAGCACGGGCUAAAGGCCUAACCACAUCAGGAGGGUUACCUCCAUCAAAGCCUUCAAAGAAACAGCAGGACCAGAAGCUAAUCCUUCGCCAAAAUUCAAAAAGAUUAGCCUCAGAUGAGAACAAAGCCUCCAUUAGUGUUACUACUUGUCUCCAGCAUAAGAAAAGGGCAGUUCUCAGGGAUGGUACUAACAUAUUAUGUGAUAAGUCACUUAACAACUGCACCAGUGCUGCCAAAUUUCAGGCUAAUAAAGGUAAUGGGAAGAAGAAUGCAAAAGUGGCACCAUCUGUUUCUGUAGAAAAUUCUCAGGUUGAAGAGGCUGCAGAAGCAAAAAUAACUGAAGAAAUAUCCAGACUAGAGACCGAGGAGUCAAAACAGACUACUUUACCAGCAAAAUUGAAAGAAGAUGUAACAAAUGGACAAAAUAAUUCUAUUAACAUGAGAGAAUUUGCUGUAGCUGGCAAGAGUCUUGUAAAGCAAACUGCCAGUAAGGAUACUCAACAGAAAAGCCCUUUCAAGAGAGAAGGCAAAUUUUGUGAAAAAUUAGAAGCUUCUGAUGAUCUGCAGAUUGCUGAUGUUGAUUCAAACCGUAAGGAUCCUCAAAUGUGCAGCCUAUAUGCCCCUGACAUCUAUAGUAAUUUACGUGUUAUGGAGCUUGAUCGAAGGCCUUCAGUCAAUUAUAUGGGAACAGUGCAGCAAGAUAUUACUCCAAACAUGCGAGGGAUUCUGAUUGAUUGGCUUGUGGAGGUUUCUGAAGAAUAUAAGCUGGUCCCUGACACUCUUUACUUGACAGUCCAUCUCAUUGAUCAAUUUCUAUCUCAAAAUCACAUUGAGAAACAAAGACUUCAACUGCUUGGUGUUACUUGCAUGCUAAUUGCUUCAAAAUAUGAAGAAAUUUGUGCACCGCAUAUAGAAGAGUUUUGCUUCAUCACUGACAACACUUACACAAGGGAGGAGGUAUUAAAAAUGGAGACUAAAGUGCUGAACUUUCUCGGGUUUCAAUUAUCUGUUCCGACCACAAAGAAGUUCCUCAGGAGAUUCAUUCAAGCAGCACUAGCUUCUUCCAAGGUUCCUCGUGUUGAGCUUGAAUUUUUAGCUAAUUAUUUAGCAGAGUUGACUCUUGUUGAGUAUAAUUUUCUCAAGUUCCGUCCAUCCUUAGUAGCUGCAUCUGCAGUAUUUUUAGCCAGAUGCACACUCGAUCAGUCAGAUCACCCCUGGAAUCCUACUCUAGAGCACUAUACUGGUUACAAAACAUCAGACCUGCAAGGCAUUGUUCUUGCUUUGCAAGAUUUGCAACUUAACAUUAGAGGAUGCUCUCUGAAUGCUAUCCGUGAGAAGUAUAAGCAACCAAAGUUCAAGUGUGUGACGACUUUAUCUUCCCCAAAACCCGUUCAAUCGCUGCUCUAAAGUUUAAAGCAUAGCCUGAUUAAUGCACCAGAGGCAAUAUAUUUGUUGUAACUGCUCUUUACUUUCUCAUAAUUAGGGAGCAUUAUUGAUCCAACAUCUAGAUUUUUCCUUCUGUUCUUUAGCUUUUACAGUUGUUGUAACAUGGUCUCCAGCUCCAUUGACAACCAGACCUGUAUCGUUGUAACGAUGAGUUUGUAGAAGUGAGAACAAUUUGAGCAGUAUGUGCAGAGAUACAGGCAACUGGUCAUGUUUAUAAACAUCUGUAGUCUGUCGAAAGCCUCUCGACCUCAAUUUGAGCCCUAAUAGAUUAAAAGAUUGAUUCUUCUUCCCUUGAUUCCUGAUGCAUUCGUAGCCAGAAGACUUGUAUUGGAUAACAUACUCACUUUGAAAUCUUUCCAUGGUCUGAAGAGCCAAUGAUGAAAGGCUUAUUAAGAUUUUCUCUUCAUCCUUCGUGCUAA